UAACAGGGUCUCGGUAAUUGAAAAUUCGGAGGCUAUGUCAUACAUUUCCAUCUAAUAAUACGUGGGCAUUUGACCGAUAAUUAUGAAUGUAGGCCACUUUGGUUUAUGCCCAUAGGCCUUUGUAAAUGUAUAACUUUUCUCUUCACUCCCACUAGCCAAACAAAACGAAUAUAGAUUGUAAAUCUGCUUGAACAGAUAGGCCUUGUGUGACAAGGUAGAUGCACCACCACCACGCAUAGUGUAAUCGUUACACUUGAAGCUCAUUUUCAUCGAGACUAAAUGGCUCUAUCGCGUUCCGAGAUGCUUCAGCGCAACUCAAGUCAAGUGAACCAGUGGCUUUGCUAGAAUAACUCAAGGAAGGGAAAAACGGAGAAUGUGAGUAUCUCUAGUCUUGUGCAUUAAAUGAGUUUCGCGGCUCUGACUCAGAGCGCGUGGACAAUGGGCACCCCACAGCUCUGGGUGCAGUUAGAGCUGAUAAAAACAGUCCGGACAACUUUUACCUUCCAACGGACGGAUUCCACGAUGGCACCUCAUGCAUCCUGCGCUGAAACAGCCUAACAGGUCUCUCACCCAGCCCUUCUCUCAUGUCACCGAGACGUCACCAUGGCGAUGUUUAGCGGCUCUGAACGCUUCUUCUGGAAUGACUCGGAACAGGUUCCGGAAGACCUCCGCCUCCAUGGGAAUUCCUCUGGUGGUUGGGAGGAGGAUAUGGAGUGUAACUACUACGCCAUGCUGUACUCCCUGCUCAUCCUGGCCAUCGUGUUUGGCAACGUGCUUGUGUGUCUGGCUGUGGUGCGGGAGAGGUCCCUACAGACCACCACCAACUACCUAGUGGUGAGCCUGGCUGUAGCUGACCUGCUGGUGGCCUCGCUUGUCAUGCCCUGGGCCGUAUACCUGGAGGUGGUCGGAGGGGCGUGGCUCUUCAGCAGGAUGUACUGUAACAUCUUUGUCACCUUGGAUGUCAUGAUGUGUACCGCCAGCAUUCUCAACCUGUGUGCUAUCAGCAUUGACAGGUACACAGCGGUGGUGAUGCCUGUCCUCUACAACACCACACACAGCUCCAGGAAGCGGGUUUCGGUCAUGAUCGCGACAGUGUGGAUCCUGGCCUUUGCUGUAUCCUGUCCCCUGCUGUUCGGAUUUAACACAUCAGGCGACCCGACGGUGUGCUCCAUCUCCAACCCUGACUUUGUUAUCUACUCGUCGGUGGUGUCCUUCUACCUGCCCUUCACUGUCACCCUGCUGGUGUACGUCCGCAUCUAUGUCUUCCUACGGAAAAGGAGGAAGAGGAUCGCCUUCCGCCAGGCCAGAAGUGGAAAGGUCCAGCCAGGCUCGGCCCUGCCCUCAGUGGAGACGUGUCUGCAGGAGGAAACCCCCAAGGAGAAGAGAGACCUGUCUCCCAUCAGGAUCAAAGUGGAGAGUGUGGAGCCGGCAGUGCCCCCUAAAACUCACCUCCUGUCGGGGUGCCUGAGGCGUAAGCGUACCCGGACGGCCCCCGUGGAGAACACUCUGCUGCCCCCAGUGGACAUCCAGAACUACUGCAGCAUCAGCCACGCCUCCUGCGGCCGCACUGAGCACGAACAGGACCGUGCCGAAGAAGAGGAGGAGUUGGCCAAAGAGAGAGCGCGUAGACCCGUGAGAAGGAGCUGUGAGGUCAAGGAGUUGUCCAAUGGACGCAUUCACACGGCCCUCCGCCCCACCCCCUGCUCCCAGUCCCUGGCCGGCCAACAACAACAACAAUAUGGAAUCAGGAGCAUGCAGAACAGGGAGAAGAAGGCUACGCAGAUGCUGGCCAUUGUUCUUGGAGUGUUCCUCAUCUGCUGGCUGCCGUUCUUCGUGACUCACAUCCUGAACACCCACUGCAGGACGUGUCGUAUUCCCCCGGAGCUCUACAGCGCCUUCACCUGGCUGGGCUACGUCAACAGCGCCCUCAACCCUGUCAUCUACACCACCUUCAACAUUGAGUUCAGACGCGCCUUCAUCAAGAUCCUCAGCUGCUGAGAACAGAGUUGGUCCAGCAUGACCAUGUCAGGCUAAUGGCCAGGCACCUAAACUGUACUGGACCUUGGGCCCGGCAUACCUGAGUAUGAAUAAGACGCAUGAGU